UUCGUCCCCGUAACCAUGACGAGGGACAUGACGACACGAUCCUCUUCUGCUUCGCUCGCCCUCCUUCCGUUGUCGCCACCAAAUGGUCCAACCCUCAACAACGCCACCCCGUCAACGUUAUCCAUUCCUACGUUGUCCAUCCCUCGCAGGUCCACCCGCUUCACCGUUUCUUCCCCACGUCUCCUGACUUCCACACCUUUGGCUGUAGCCGUGUCAGCCUUCGAAUUGCUGACAGCCGUACCCAAUCCCACGCUGUCGCUGACUCAGCUCGCCGUAAACGCGGAUAAGCUCUCCACUUCAAUUCGGAUUCCCAUGGUUUUCAACACCUCUAUAUAUCAAUUCGUUCGGAAGUUUUCGAUUGACAUCCCACUUAACCUCACCUCGAACAACUUAUUCUCGCCUUGUGUGCCCAUGAUAUCGUCGUCCACCCUCGCUUUCCCCACGCUUCGCAUCCGGAGCCCCUCCCUCCCGUCUUCGUCGUCGUCGUCCUCAUCUUCCCGUCCUAGCCGUCGCCUACUCUGGCCCCGCUGCGCAACGACUGCGGUGCCACCGCCGGCAGCUGCAGCGACGCUCUACGACGUCCUCGGGAUCCCUGCCAGCGCCACGGUCGGGGAGAUCAAGGCGGCGUACCGGCGGCUUGCGCGGGUGUGCCACCCAGACGUGGCCGCGGCUAGCAGGGCCGCGCCCGCGGACGAGUUCAUUCGGGUCCAUGCCGCCUACGCCACGCUCACCGACCCGGAGAAGCGCGCAGAGUACGACCGCAGGGUAAUGGCAGCGGCCGCGCCGUCGAUGGCGUCCGCGACCGUGGGGCGGCGGCCCGCGGGGCCGUUCUACUCCUCAAGUCCACGUCGGAUGUGGGAGACAGACCAGUGCUGGUAGCUUGGCAGAAGCGGAUUGGAUAGAAUAAGUACGAGAUAUCCGAUCUCCAUAGUGGGAUAAUAUGAUUUAUGCUGAUUUUUUUUCCUCUUUGAAAAAUGUAGAUAUUUAGAAUUUUUAAUAUAUAUUAGAUACGAUACGUAUCUUAAAUCUAGUCUUAACUCUUACGACUGGAUGAUAUCUUGUCGAUUUCCAUUCAUGUUGCGACAAGAAUCUCGGGAAAGCAACGGCAGACUCUAACAGGGAUUCCGCGCCCAACGUAGAAUCUCUUUCACAUUAAAAACUUGAAGAAAAUUGACCGCAAUUCACAAGCAGAUCUGCUUAAUUUCUUCUUGAAGAACUGCGGCAACGGGAUUAUGAUGCCGUAGAGAGAGAGAGAGAGAGAGAGAGAGAGAGAGAGAGAGAGAGAGAGUAAAAAGUAUCUAGAUCAUUUUGGCUGAUGUUUUGAUUAAAAAAGAAAAAUAGUAUCAUUAAUAUGUGAGACUAAAAAGAAUAAAAAUAUGAUCCUUAAUAUAGAAAAUGAAAAAAUGUCCCUAGAAUCUAAGGGAUGAGAAAGUUGAUGGCAGGAAGCUUCAGACACACUUAUAUCAACUAGAGUUUCUUAAUUGUAUCAUUUUAAGAUACUAAUGCUAAGUAGAAUUUUCAUAUCUCUAUUCUAAUGGUCAAGAUAAUUGAAUCUAAAUGACAUGUCUAACCUUAGAUUUAGAUGGACUUUUGAAAUAUAAUUGAUCUCAAAGGGAUAUUAUUGUAAGUUCACCCACAAAAAAGCACAAAUUUUGGGUACAUUUCAUUUUUUAUGCCUCUCGAGCUCACGAAGAACAAGGAGAGCUACCAACGGAGACUUGGCGCAGUGGUGGCGGCGGCAAGUGAGGGAUCGAGGAAAUAACUGGAAGCAACGAGGGUUACAGAGACGGCAGGUGGAUCCGCGCACACUAUUCGAGGCCGUGCAAGAUGAAGCGGAGGGUCCUCGUCGCGCUCCUCGCCCUCGCCGUCGUUCUUCUCGUCUUCUCCGUCGUUCACAAGGAGGUCUAAGCCGUUCCUCCGUCUCUUUCGGCUCCACUGCCCUCCUUGCCUUUUAUUCCCCUUUAGGAUCUUGAAUUAUAUGUUUUCUCUGCUAAUUUUUGUUUUCGAUUUCACUUGAACUUGAUGCCUGGACAUGCGCUCUGUCAUAAUUCUUGAUCUUGGUGGUGAAUUUGACCAAUGAUUUGGGUUAUCGUGAA